AUGGAGACCUCUGAGUCUACUGACAGAUCACAGUCGCGAUCUUUAGACUUACAGCCCAGCUCUGACGGACUAGGGUCCAGUUCCGAUCCCUUUUCUUGGGAUGGCCGUCAUAGAUCGGCCCUGGUAGCUGCAUCCGCCGCGGCUUCAGCAGCUGCUACAGCCGCCUCCACUGCCAGAGCAGCUGCAUUAUCGACCAAGAGCCCAGCCCCCUACUCUCAUGGGAACCUGCUCACGGAGCCCUCCUCUGACAGUCAGACAGAGCGCUACACUGCGCCCAGAUUUACCUACAAGACAAGCCAUGGGAGACUCGGUUUUCAGCCUGUCGGUGUUUCCCGUAUUGCUGGGAAUCCCUAUACUGCAAAUGACCUAAGCUCUAGCCGUGGCCCUAUUCCUGGCUCCAGUUCUGGCCCUGUUCCUGGCUCCAGCUCUGGCCCUGGUCCUGACUCCAGCUCUGACCCUGGACCUAGCUCCAGUUCUGGUCCUGGUGGUACCUCUGGUGGUGGCUCUGGUCAGGGUCCUGGUGGUGGCUCUGGUCAAGGCACUGAUCUUGGUCCUGCUGUUGAUUCCAGGCAUAGCCCAGGCCAUGGCCAUGGCCCUGGGUUCAACUUCUCUGCUCCUGUAGGCUUCAGAAACCCCAGGGGAGAUCUUAUCCCUAAUUAUACCGGCUGCAAACACCACUGUCACUGGGAGCCGCAGAAACAAUACUGGAAAUUUUUGAAAGUCUCAGAACCUGGUGCCCGAGGGCUGUGGAAGCCCCCCGAAGUUGAAGGGAAGAGUACGGUUCUCAGUGAAACACUGCCACGGGGCCAGUGCCUUCUCUACAACUGGGAGGAGGAGAGAGCCACCAACUACCUGGAUCAAGUCCCAGUCAUGCAGGAUGGCUCUGAGAGUUUCUUUUUCCGACACGGACACCGAGGACUGCUGACCCUGCAACCACAGUCACCUAUGUUCUCCUGCACCACCCAGAAAGACUCAUACCAGCCCCCAACAAGCCACUCUCAGCCAGUUCGAGGGAAGCGUGAAGCCAUACUGGAGAUGCUCUUGCGCCAACAAAUCUGUAAAGAGGUGCAGGCAGAGCAGGAACCCACAAGGAAGGAGCCUGAGGUCGAGUCUGUGACACACCACGACUACAAAAAGGAGCUGGUGCAGGUGGGGCCUCCUGCCCCGACAAAGCUCCACGACUACCGUACAGAGCAGCCUGAAACCUUCUGGCUAGAGAGGGCACCACAGCUUCCGGGUGUCAGUAACAUCAGGACCCUAGACACGCCGUUCCGGAAGAACUGCAGUUUCUCAACGCCCGUGCCUCUGUCGCUGGGGCAGCCGUUGCCCUUUGAACCUGAGAGUUAUUCCCACCAGGGAGAAAUAUCUUCCCUUGCCUGUCAGGGAGGGGGGAAGGGUGGUGGAGGGGGUUGA